CCGGGCGGGCAGGGAGGUCAUAAAUACGUAGCUGAGGUGGUUCCUCCGGCACUCCUCCACCCUCGCCGCCGCGCUACACCUCCUGACACUCAGAUCCACACCAGGUGUUCAGUAAACGUCGCCAAGAUGUCGGAGAAGAAGAUGUCAUCCAGUCGCAAGCAUCAUCUCAAGAGCUUGAUGCUGGCCAUCGGUAAAGACCUCCUGGAGCAGGAGGAGAAGGAGCAGGAAGAGGAGAGGGAGCGCUACAUGGAGGAGCACUGCCCGGCCCCGAUUCUCCCCAGGACCAUGCAGGAGCUGCAGGAGAUGUGUCGAGGGGUUCAUCACAACAUAGAGACGAUUGAUGAGGAGAGAUACGACCUUGAGAUGAAGGUCAACAAAUGCAACAAGGAGAUUGAGGACCUGAACAUCAAGGUCCAGGACCUGAAGGGGAAGUUCAAGAAGCCGGUUCUGAGGAAGGUGCGCAUGUCUGCUGACGCCAUGCUGAAGGCCCUGCUGGGCUCCAAACACACCGUCAACAUGGACCUGAGGGCCAACCUCAAGCAGGUCAAGAAGGAGGCCAAGGAGGAGGACAAAGACCUCCGGGACGUCGGGGAUUGGCGCAAGAACAUCGAGGACAAGUCUGGCAUGGAUGGCAGGAAGAAGAUGUUUGAGGCGGAGGCCUAGACCCCUUCGUCUUCAUCAUCUUCAUCAAGAUGAUGAAGCUGAUCCCAGCGUAUUAUGUUGCUUCGUCUUAAUAUCUGUCUUAGAAGAACGUCAUCGAGUGUAUGUCCCAGAAUUAGCAGAUUUUCAUAUUCAAUCCAUUGUAACUGUAUAAUUUAAUAAAUGGUUAACGCUG